UAAUGGUUGAUAUGAUAAACAUUUCAUCCCAAUAUUUCCACCAGAAAACCAUAUCUUUCUCAAAUCAGACUUCAAAUAUUCAAUACUAGUCCCACGACAUCGACGCCUUAUAAUACCAUUUUCUUCAUAUAUUAUACGACUGGUAAACAUAUCAAAUCAUUUAUACUUUUAUAUACCUAGCUGCGUCUCCCUAUAAAUAUAUAUUGAAGUAAACUGAUGCAAUGGACUCUCUCUCUCUCUCUCUCCCUCUCUCUCUGCAUGAACGAAUCAAAAACAUCACACUCUCUUUCCAUUUCUGUUAAGCUAGUACAACUUCUCUUUCUUCCUCUUUGAUACAAAUUUCCAAAAAUGGAAGGUUUGUGUUUUCGUUUCCCCUUGUUAUUCGUUUUCCUACUUUGUUCUCAUACACGGCAUCAAGUCAACGCGACCGAACCGGUUCUAGAGUUAACCAAAGGCUUCGAAGCUAAACCGGACUCGUCCAUCAACUCCUUCCAGCCACUCCUCACUGACCCGAGCGGAAACUUUUCGUUCGGGCUCCUACGUUUAAACGGGUCACGCCUCUCACUCGCUGUAACCCACCCGAACUUAACGGACCCCCUCUGGGUUUUCGACCCGACCCGAACAGCGAGCUGGUCACACAAAACGAAACUAUUCUUCAACGGCAGCCUCGUGGUCUCCGACCCUUCCUCGAGGGUAGAAUGGUCAACUCACACUAACGGAGACCGUCUCGUCCUCCGUAACGACUCCAAUCUCCAAGUGGUGUCCACGUCAUCCUCCUCAAUCGAGUGGGAGAGUUUCGAUUUUCCCGCGAACACACUCGUCGAGAAUCAAAACUUCACGUCCACGAUGGCUCUGGUUUCAUCCAACGGCUUGUAUUCGAUGCGGUUAGGACGCGACUUCAUCGGACUAUACGCUAAGGUCAGCGACGACUCUCACUCUCAGCAGUUCUACUGGAAACACAGCGCUCUCCAGGCGAAGGCCAAGAUCAGAGACGGAUCGGGUCCGAUUCACGCUCGGAUCAACCCGAACGGUUAUCUCGGUAUGUACCAAACCGGGACCGUUCCGGUCGACGUGGAAGCGUUCAACAGCUUUCAACGGCCGGUUAACGGUCUUAUGAUUCUCCGAUUGGAAUCCGACGGGAACCUCCGGGGAUAUCUCUGGGACGGAUCUCGCUGGGCGUUGAACUACGAAGCUAUUCGAGAGACUUGCGAUCUCCCGAAUCCGUGUGGUCCGUACAGUCUCUGCACUCCUGGAUCGGGAUGCUCGUGUAUAGAUAACAGCACCGUGAUCGGAGAGUGUGGUCGCGGGGGUUCGAGAGCGGCGGACUUUUGCGGCGGUGAGACGGAGAAGUUUAAAACGGUGAGACGUGGAGGCGUUGAAGUGCCGUUUAAGGAACUGAUGGAUCAUAAAACGACGUCGUCGUUGGGAGAGUGUGAGGAGAUGUGUGUGGAGGAUUGCAAGUGUUUCGGGUCGGUUUAUAAUAACGGCUCCGGGUUUUGUUAUUUGGUUAAUUACCCGAUCAGGACGAUGCUGGGCGUUGCGGAUCCGAGUAAAAUGGGUUAUUUUAAGGUACGUGAGGGUGUAGGGAAGAAGAGAAGCCGAGUGGGAUUAACGGUUGGGAUGUCUCUGCUCGCUGUGAUUGCGUUGGCUUUAACGGUGGCGAUGGUUUACGUUGCGUUUAGGAUAUGGAGUAGAGAGAAACAUGCACUAGAGGGAGAAGAUGGUGGGUUAUCACCCGGCCCGUAUAAAAAUCUCGGGUCGGAUAGUUUUAGUUCCGUUGAAAUGAGUCGUAGGUGAUAGUUUUUUAGUUACACAUAUAUAAAAUUAGUUAACCCUUUUUUUUUUUUGCUUUAUGCAACUUGAAUAUUGUCUUCUUGCUGAUGAACUUUUUACCUAUCAAAACUAUUACGGAAAAGGUGUUUGGAUAAAUCUUGGAUGGUGAAGGCGGGAAAUAUUAUAAAAAUGUGUAAUGGCGUCAUGGAUGACGAUAACAAGUAUGGAUGGGUGGACUCUUCUUUUAGGCCCACAUGUUUGAGAGUUGACACUUCCACUAUCCUAUUUUUAUAUAAUUUUUUUCAAAUUUGAUAGAUAUAUAAUUCAAUAUCAUCACUUUUAUUU